UGUGGUCAGAAGUAGUUUUUUUUUUACCAUGAACAAGUCCUCUGUCUGCAUUUUAACCGUACACAAACCAUAUACAGUUCCUAUCCAUUUUAGCGUAUGAAAUGGUCUUUCAUAUUCAUAUGAUAAUAGACAUGAGAUAUUAAAAUGAAUGUGAACGGGGUGGGGACAUCGGUUUCAUAUGUUUAAACAUCUUUUAAAAUUAUUUUCCAAAUUACAUUUAAAUCAAUCAUGUCGGAAUCCAUCCUACACUUUAAACCACUUUACCACUUGGUGUCUGUGACACUCCCCAAUGACAGACAAGUAUACCAAUUGAAGCCCUGUGAUAGGAGGAGAGCGAGAGAGUUAAGAGGAGAGAUUUCCCCUAGUCAUCACUGUUCAUUUGGCGUCUGUCAGAGUUAGACUCAGCUAAAGGUUCAAACCAAAUAAGAAGAAGAGUUGAAAUGAGAAUCAGACUCUUCUCUGUGGCUGCCUGGCUCUUUAUCCUUCUCUGCCCCAGCCACGAGGUUCAGGUGAUGCAGCCUGAGAACCGGACACUUAACCCGGACGGUACUGUCUCCAUCACCUGUAGUUACAUAGACACAGAUGAGCUCUUUGUCAUUGACGCCAGGCUGAACAGACUCAAUAACGCAGAUGUUACCAUGGUCUGUCAGGUGAAUAACAGUCACGUGGCUGACUGCACCUACAUGAAGGUGACAUGGAACCAGUACAAGUUCACAUUACACAACUUAAAGGCUGAGGACAUCGGUAGUCUGUUCCAGUGCGAGUUCUCCUUGUCAUCUGCUGUUACCAUGGAACCCAUCCAGACUGUAACGGGGAAACACGCCACCAAACUGCUGCCAGCAGGAGAUGCUCGUGUCCUCGUGUGUCCUUCCCCUCUACCUGAGUCUCCUGAGGCUGAGCCGAUUGACCAACUGAAGUGGAUUGUGAUUGGCCUGUCUGUGUUCCUCUGCUUCUACAGCUUCACCAUCACCUUCUUCUAUAUCAGGCUGAGGGUUCUUCGAUCUGAGGAGCUGUAUGAUUCGCUGACAUACGUCCCCAUGCAGCCUAAUCAGACCCAACCUACGACGGGAAGAGGGAACAUUAACUCAACCUACAUGGAUAUGAGGAAGGUGCCAGUUGGAGUGAGAGGCUCACGAUCCAUCAACCACAAUUCCCGACUCAUUGUAUGACCAAGUACAGAGACCUUCAACUGAUCAGAUUAAUCAAUUAGAUUCAGAACCAUUCCUAUUGAAGCCUACUGUAUGAAAGAGCUGGUCAAACUUAUUACAGGCCCAAUGCUUUAUUAGUUAUUUAUUAGUUAUAAGAAUGUAUAGGAGGCUUUCUUUUUUUUUUUUUAAAUGUUGCAAGUUGGGUGAAAACAAUGAUUUCUUUACGUUGAUGACAUUUUGCACGUUGAUUUAGCAUCAUCACACUGAGAGGAAAAAAAGGUUUGAAAUUAUGUCAAAACAAGGGUGCGUUUUUUUUUGUUGCCAAGUGAGAUGCUGCUUACUAGUCUAGAGUGUGUUUGAUAGAAGUGCCUAGGUGAGACUUUCCCGACUCGUCACAAUGAAUGUAGAAACAAGUGCUGCUUGUUAUAUUCAAAUGUGAUUGUACUAAACGUAUGAUGUAUA